UACAGCUCCGCCUCCAGCAUUUACUCUUUGCUAAUGGAAUUACUUAUUUGCCCCCCCAAGGACUCUCAAAUUUUGAACUUCAUUAUCCUAUUUUCAAGUUUUCUGAAAUCAUCUCUCUACAACAUUUUCGAAAUCAAUUCCCCGACCUAAAAGGAUUCAAAACGUUCAACAACCUCGCUCCGGUCGUCGAAAUCCAGUCUCCCACGAGAUGCCUGUAGGUCAGUUCAUACAAGAGUCAGUUGUGAGUUUGUUAGAGGACAUACUACGAAACUACUUCGUAUCGAGAAUUUGUAUAUUGUACCUCAUUUUCUGCCAAUUAGCCCAAUCAAAGAAGAGGAAACGGUCUCAGAUUGUUCGUCCAUACAGCAUACUUAAUAGAGUUCCAGCACAGGAGAGUCAUAUGGAGCGACUAGUAGGUACAACUGAUAUUGAUUGCCUUGUGAACCUAAGAAUGGACCGAAAUGCAUUCAGAAAACUACGUAGGAUGUUAAGAGAGUUAGGUUUCCUGUUAGACAAACAGUUUGUAUGCAUUGAAGAACAAGUUGCAAUCUUCUUGGGAGUUUUAGCACAUCAUAAGAAAAACAGGAUUGUUAGAUUCAAUUUUCAGCGAUCAUGGCAUACGGUUUCCGUAUAUGUGCAUAAAGUUCUGAAGGCUAUAUUACGGAUGCAGUCACGAUUCAUUGCGAAGCAGGAGCCCAUCAAGGAUGACUGCGUUGACUACAGGUGGAAAUGGUUCAAGAUCUACCAUGUAUACUUGCAGGUAUUUUUAGUGCUAAUAAAAAGUGCAUCACAUACACCUGAAAAUCCUAUCAUGAUGUUCAAUAUGUGGCACACAAAGGCACGUAAUGUCAUAGAACGAGCAUUCUCCGUCCUUAAAAUGCGGUGGGACAUUUUGCGUAGUGCAUCGUACUACUCUAUCAAGGUGCAGAUAAGGUUGAUGAUGGCGUGUUUCCUCUUGCACAACUACAUCUGUACUGUGAUACUGGUGGAUCCACUGGACGAACUGAUAGACAGGUGGGAUGAAGCUGGUGGCAAUGCGGAGGAGCCAAUUGGGCAGGAAUUUGUUGAUACAAUUGAGGCAACGAGUGAGCGGUCCAUGACAAGAGACGCAAUGGCACAGGCAAUGUGGAAUCUUGUAAGUCUUGUUUUAAUGAAUUGGUUGGUCUUAGAUUGCACGUCUAACAAAGACUUGAUUCAGUUCCAGGGCAACAACGAGGCCACAUGAUUUUGUGUUUUGUGGCAGUGCUUGUGUUAGGAAAUUGUCCUACCAAUGUUGUGUUAGGUCGACUGGAUUAUGGAACAUGUAUUAAACUACAUUCCCCUAGUGUGAUUAAUGUCUUAGACUAUCCUCUAUUGUUUGCUGUUUAAAAUACCAAUACCCCAAAAAGAAGCCUAAGACUCUUUUUUUUUUUUUUUUUUUUACUAAUAGAUUCAGACCAAAGUUUUUGAUUGUUUGAGUUUGUCGAGAGAAACGUAAAAGUAAGGAAUAUAGGACUUUCUCCUUUCA